UGAAGCACCGUCACCAUGUCUGACCAGGAGGUAAAACCUUCAACUGAGGACUUGGGGGAUAAGAAGGAAGGAGAAUACAUUAAACUCAAAGUCAUUGGACAGGAUAGCAGUGAGAUUCACUUCAAAGUGAAAAUGACAACACAUCUCAAGAAACUCAAAGAAUCAUACUGUCAAAGACAGGGAGUUCCAAUGAAUUCAUUCAGGUUUCUCUUUGAAGGUCAGAGAAUUGCUUAUAAUCACACCCCAAAAGAACUGGGAAUGGAGGAAGAGGUUGUGAUUGAAGUUUAUCAGAAACAAACAGGGGAUCAUUUAAUGGUUUAG